AUGAAUAUCAGUCAACACAGUCUUGAAUUAGUAAACCCUUUUGUUUUAAAUUUGUUUAUCAUCAAUGAAAGCUUAACAUGUAAAGAAAUGGAAUCACUACCUGUCUCUGGUUUAUUCAGCUUUUAUCGUGCUAUAGGCUUACUGUUAGGUCCAUUAAACACUAUACUAAAUGGCCUAUGUGUGCAUAUUUUCAAUCACAGUUUAUGGAAGAAAUCAGUGAUGAGUAAAAUAUUGAAAGGUCUUUCUAUCAUUGAAAUUGGUAUGGGAUUCAGUUUGUUCAUACAUGCAUUAAUUUUUUCACAAAACUCAGGAUCAUCAAAUUCUUAUCAGCCAGUCACAAACACAAUAGCAACAGCAAAUGCAGAGAAUUCCAAUGCACAUAAAAAUGAUUACAUAAAAACAAUAUCCUCAUUUCUUGUUACAACUAUAUGUAGUCGAUUUUUGGCAAUAUUCCAAAUAUCACGUAACUGGUCUGUUGUCUUGUUGGCUGCAUAUCGUUACGACCAAAUUUGUCGACCACUCGGUACAGCAAGCGCGUUUCCACGUGAACGUAUACGCUACAUCUUAUGGAUUAUAUUUUCAUUAGCCUCUUUAAUUGUCAUACCAAGAAUAUUUGAAAGUGGAAUAGUUGUUUGUUAUAUUACAGGAAGUGUGUCAAAAGAUAUUCCGCUACUGAUUGGUUACAAACUAUAUCAGAUACUCUAUUUAGGCUUGGUUAUGUUCGUUGUGCAAUCUGGUGGUCCAGUAAUAUGUGUCUGUGUCUUGAGUGCUUUUGUCAUAAGAAUUAUAUCGAAACGUAGAAAAUUCCAUCGUGAAAAAGAAAAACGUUCAGCUAGAAACUUGUUAAGACGUCAAACAAUAGAAAUGGAAGCUAGUCAGAAAAAUUCUAAUGCUACUAAUAAUAACAAAAACAAUAAUGAGAGCCAAAAUGUACAGCAACGUAAUUCGAAUUGUCUGACAAUAGAUUUGAGUGAAAGACCGGCUCCUUCUGGUGAUAAACUGAUGUUUGCUGUGUGUAUUACAUUCUUUAUUUUGGAAACACCAGCAUUCUUCAGUAAAAUAUUGAAUCCUUACUUGGAAAAAGAUUAUCCAUUAAUCGAUUUAACAUUAUCAGUGAUUGCUAAUUUACUGAUAUAUUUAGAUUCUACAUUGAAUGCAUUUAUUUACAUGGCGUCAAAUCCUCUAUUUCGCAAAAUUGCUCGAGAAGAAUGUUUGCAGUAUCGCGAUCGACUAGAUUGUUUUAAAAAACCUAAACCUGUUCUAAUGAAUAGAAACAGUCGUCUUUUGGAAAGUGAAGCAAUUACAACGACAAUGAAUUUAUGA